CUUCCGUCCGCAUCAGUUUGAAUUUUGCCCACUGCACUGUCUAUUGUUAUAUGUAGUCAAAAUUCGGCUAUAUUUAUAAUUUUAGUCUCCCUAUAGGUUUCGUUUUACUUUGAAUUUUGUCCAACAUUUCAAUGGAGGAAACCACUGAGCCGCAGGUCGAGAUUCCAGAGCUGAGUAAACUGCCGAAAAGGAGAGGAAACUCCAAGAAAAGAAACUCGACAGUCUUGGACACAGAAACGUCCCCCGAGAUCAAUAACAAUGCGAAACGGCCUCCUCUCAGAAGAGGUAGCUCUUUUACCUUCUUGACCCCAAGCUCUCAAUGGGACUUCAGUCUGAAGCGCAAGAGGCGAGAGAAGGACGAUGAUUCAGUCAGCCUGUCCAGCUUCGAUUUCAAGGAGCCGAGUAGUAAGCGCGGGCGUCCGUUGGGCCGUGUCACCUCUCUGGCCAAUCUGAUUUCGCCGGUGAAGAGCGGGGCCGUCAGGCGCUUCGGCCAGACUAUCCAGUCGAUCUCGUUCCGGGGUGAUGGCCGCUCCUCCCCCCCCAAACCCUGCAGCAAGGCGGUGGCUCCCACGCCGCCCAAGCGCCGCAACAGCACCCUCUGGUCCGAGACCCUGGACAGCAGCCAGAAGGGCUCCUUCUCCGCCAAAGAGAUCAAGAGGCAGGAGGCAAUUUUCGAGCUGUCCAGAGGAGAGCAGGACCUGAUUGAGGACCUCCAGUUGGCACGCAAGGCGUACCAUGAUCCCAUGCUGAAACUGAACAUCAUGACAGAGGAGGAGUUGACCCACAUCUUUGGGGAUCUGGACGCCUACAUCCCACUCCAUGAAGAUCUGCUAACCAAGCUCAGCAAGGCCACGAGGCCAGACGGCACUGUGGGAGAAAUCGGCCAGAUCGUGGUCAACUGGCUGCCGCGUCUCAACGCGUACCGUGAGUACUGCAGCCACCAGCUGGCGGCCAAGGCUCUGCUGGACCAGAAGAAGCAGGACCGCCGCGUGGGUGACUUCCUGCAGCGCUGCCUGGAGUCGCCCUUCAGCAGGAAGCUGGACCUGUGGAGCUUCCUGGACAUCCCCCGCACACGCCUGGUCAAGUACCCGAUUCUGCUCAAGGAGGUGCUGCGCCACACGCCACCUGACCACGCCGACAUCACCAGCCUCCAGACAGCGAUCUCCAUUAUCCAGGAGGUGCUGUCGGACAUCAACACGCGCAAAGGCGAGUCUGAGUGCCAGUACUACCAGGAGCAGCUGGAGUUUCUGGACGAUCGUCAGCGAGACCCGCACAUCCAGCAGAGCAAGAGCCUCCUGUGCCAUGGGGAGCUACGCAACAAGAGCGGCACGAAGCUGCACGUUUUCCUGUUUAAUGAGGUCCUGGUGCUGACCCGGCCGGUCACUCGCAACGAUCGCCACGGCUACCAGGUGUACCGGCAGCCUAUCCCGUUGCGGGAUAUGAUUCUGGAGGACCUGCAGGAUGGAGAUGUGAGGAUGGGAGGAUCCUUCAGAGGGGCCUUCACCAACUCUGAGAAAGCUAAGAACAUCUUCCGCGUGCGCUUCACCGAGCCCUCUCAGGGCCAGUCCCACACACUGCAGGUCAACGACAUCUUCCACAAGCAGCAGUGGCUCAACUGCCUGCGCAGUGCCAUCACCGUCCACCGGGGGGCAGCGCCCCCUCCCCAGACCCCCGCUGCAGCCCCUGCCACGACCUCCUCUGACUCCGACUCCGCGGUCACCCCCACCUGCUCGGACCCCGAGACCCCCCCCAACCCCCUGCCAGCUCUGCCGGCCUCUGGCGCACGCUCCAAGCGUCGCCCCCCCUCUUCGUCAUCAUCGUCGUCGACUUUGUCCUCGUCAUCCUCCAUGGAAGCAGACGAGAACUGCCCACAGGGCGCUGUGCUGCCCCCAGCCACGUCUCCCACCCCACCGUCCCCAAUCCUCACCGCUGACCCUGAGUCAUCUUCCUCAUCCUCCUCAUCCUCAUGCUCCUCCACGACAUCCCUGCUGCCUCGCAAGGCCAAGAAGGAGCGCCGCUCCCUCUGCUCCCUCGGGAAGAGGAAGGAGACCAUGGUCUAAACCCGGAGCGGAGGAGAGGGACAAGUCUCCCUCUGGAGGACUCCUGCCUUCCCAGAAGGCCUCAGUCAGGGACUGAAAUUUGAAGAAGCGGGUGGACUUCUAUUUAUGUUUUAUGUGUAUGUGUGUGCACACACUCACAUCUGAAAAGUGUGUGUGUGUGUUCUUACAACAGUGUUUCCGUCUUACUGUGCUGAACGGCAGCUAUAUCUCUUCCCACCCCCCGUCCAAUCCAACAGUAUUUACACCAUCAGCAAGGACUCAAGGGAAUGAUUACAGUAACACACACGUCACACUCAUCUGCGUGUGUGUGUGUGUGUGUUUAGGGGUGGGGAGGGUCCUUGUAUCUAGUCUUGUUUACUGUUCAUUUAAUAUUUAUGUUUUCUUUUCUUUUUGUAAUUAAAGUUUUACAUUUUUUCUAAGAUAUUAUCGAUCAGAAGUUGUACUGUAGCUCUUUUCGGUGUGUUAAAAACAGCACUGUUUUUAGCUUUUUCUUUUUUUAAGCCAGAAAAUGUUUGAGGGAGAAAGGAAGGAGAGGCUCAAACAUAUUGUAAAAAAAGAGAAACUAAAUAUUUUGUAAAGUCUGAUUCUACUGGAAGUCCAGUCUUCGUCUACUCGCCACAUUCCCAUUGGUUUUCCAAUGGCAUAGCUAGCAUCAUGCUAGCACACCUAUUUUUAUCUGGCUAUAGGGUUUAAUUGAAUGAAUUUGCAACAAUCUCAGUUUAAUAUUUUUUAUUUUGGUUUGUUUUUUUUUAAACAAACAUUAUUUUGUCCUGUAAACUCCAAUCUGAGCCAUGUGGACAAAUGCCAGAUUUAACACGGAACACAAAAGAUGGACACUUUGUAGCAUUAUCUCACAGCUGUGAGCUAAUAGCACACCUUGGUAGCGUUACCAAUAGCAUUAGUGCUAGCAUUAGCGCUACAGUUAGCUUGAGUGUUUAUACUGGGCAAUUUGAGACUUGCCUUGUCCUUGCUGAAUAGAAAGUAGCUGAAUGUUGUACAGGUGGUAGCAAUGAAUGUACAUGUGAAACUGAUGGCAAACAAGAAGUAUGUUCAGGGAAAGAGCAGAUCGACUCUGAGGUGAGGUCAGCUAUUCGAACAGCCAAUGGGGGUGAGGUACACACGCCCCGCCCUGGCUGGCCAUUUGUUGAUCCCGCCCAGAGUAGGAAGGGGCGAGGCACUGGUGAAAAGCCAGUGAGAUUACGAGGAAGGAAAGCGCAUGUUGGUAUGGUUGCUAGAAUAAGUAGAAGGCUCUGAAAUGUGAUGUGUAAAUUAAGCCCUUUUUUGUAUAAAAAGAGUUUGUGUAUAAAGAAGCAAAAAAUGGAAUGUGAGCGAUAAAGGAAGAAUUAUUGCUGUGGGCUUUGGGUUACUGUGGUGUACAAUGAACAAACCCAAUUAUUGCUGUGGGCUUUGUGUGUUACUGUGGUGUACAAUGAACAAACCCAAUUAUCGUAAUAAAGAUGGCUGUAAGAUGGA